AGUGGGCAAAAUUAGGGCACAUGGUAAUGGGGGUAGAGUGCUGACAUGGAUAGAAAAUUGUUUGGCAGACAGGAAACAAAGAGUAGGGUUAAACGGGUCCCUUUCAGAAUGGCAGGCAGUGACUAGUGGGGUACCGCAAGGCUCGGUGCUGGGACCGCAGCUAUUUACAAUAUACAUCAAUGAUUUUGAUGAAGGGUUUCAAAGUAACAUUAGUAAAUUUGCAGAUGACACAAAGCUGGGUGACAGUGUGAACUGUGAGGAGGAUGCUAUGAGAAUGCAGUGUGACUUGGACAAGUUGGUGAGUGGGUAGAUGGAUGGCAGAUGCAGUGUAAUGCAGAUAAAUGUGAAGUUAUCUACUUUGGUAACAAAAACAGGAAGGUCGAUUAUUAUCUAAAUGGUGUCAAGUUGGGAAAAGGGGAAAUACAACGGGAUCUGGGGGACCUUGUUCAUUAGUCAAUGAAAGUAAGCAUGCAGGUACAGCAGGCAGUGAAGAAAGCGAAUGGCUUGUCGGCCUUCAUAACACGAGGAGUUGAGUAUAGGAAAAAAGAGGUCCUUCUGCAAUUGUACAGGGCCCUAGUGAGACCACACCUGAAGUAUUGUGUGCAGUUUUGGUCCCCAAAUUUGAGGUAGGACAUUCUUGCUAUUGAGGGUGUGCAGCAUAGGUUCACCAGGUUAAUUCCUGGGAUGGCAGGACUGUCAUAUGCUGAAAGAAUGGAGCGGCUGGGCUUGUAUACUCCAGAAUUUAGGAUGAGAGGGGUUCUUAAUGAAACAUAUAAGAUUAUCAAGGGUUUGGACACACUAGAGGCAGGAAACAUGUUCCUAAUGUUGGGGGAGUCCAGACCAGGGGCCACAGUUUAAGAAUAAGGGGUAAGCCAUUUAGAACGGAGAUGAGGAAACACAUUUUCACACAGUGAGUUGAGUCUGGAAUUCUCUGCCUCAGAGGGCGGUGGAGGCCGGUUAUCUGGAUACUUUCAAGAGAGAGCUAGAUAGGGCUUUUAAAGAUAGUGGAGUCAGGGGAUAUGAGGAUAGGGCAGGAACGAGGUACUGAUUGUGGAUGAUUGUGAUCACAUUGAAUGGCGGUGCUGGCUCAAAGGGCCAAAUGGCCUACUCCUGCACCUAUUGUCUACUGUCUAUUGUCAGACUUCCAAUAUUUGUUUAUCUUGACUUUUUGAUAAAAAUAUUAUUCUGCUUUACUGUUGUUUUAGAAACAAGACUUUGACAUCCAUGAAGAAUGGCUCAGCUGUACUACAAAAGAAGUGAUAAUGCACCCUAUAAAGACCGAAUUUCUCUUCGCAUUGUGAGAGCAGAAUCAGAACUCUCUCCUGCAGAGAAGAGUUACCUGAGCGCUGUUGAGAAAGGUGAUUACGCAAGUGUAAAGCAAGCACUCGAAGAAGCUGAAAUUUAUUUUAAAAUCAACAUUAAUUGCAUUGAUCCUCUGGGACGAACUGCACUCCUCAUAGGCAUUGAAAAUGAGAACUUGGAAAUCAUUGAACUUCUUCUGAGUUUCAAUGUAUACAUAGGAGAUGCUCUUCUACAUGCCAUCAGGAAGGAAGUAGUUGGAGCGGUUGAACUACUAUUGAAUCAUAAGAAACCUAGUGGAGAAAAGCAAGUUCCACCAAUACUACUGGAUAAACAGUAUUCAGAAUUUACACCAGAUAUUACACCAAUAAUUCUCGCAGCUCACACCAACAAUUAUGAGAUAAUAAAACUGCUUGUUCAAAGAGGAGUCUCUAUACCGCAGCCUCAUGAAGUUCGUUGUAACUGUGUUGAGUGUGUUUCCAGCUCGGAUGUUGACAGUUUGCGUCAUUCCCGAUCAAGGCUGAACAUAUACAGAGCUUUAGCAAGCCCAUCUUUGGUUGCUUUAUCAAGUGAAGACCCCUUUCUAACAGCAUUUCAUUUGAGCUGGGAGCUUCAGGAACUAAGUAAAGUAGAAAAUGAAUUUAAAUCAGAGUAUGAAGAAUUAUCUCAUCAAUGUGAAUCAUUCGCAAAAGAUUUAUUGGACCAGACAAGGAGCUCCAGAGAAUUAGAAAUUAUACUUAAUUAUAGAGAUGACAAUAGCAUUCUGGAAGUCCAGACAACAAAUGAUCUUUCCAGAUUAAAGCUGGCAAUUAAGCAUCAUCAGAAAGAGUUUGUUGCUCAGCCAAAUUGUCAGCAGCUUCUUGCUUCCCGUUGGUACGACGAGUUUCCUGGCUGGAGACGGCGGCACUGGAUUGUUAAAUUCAUAACCUGCAUCAGCAUUGGAUUAUUAUUUCCAAUUUUUUCCGUGUGCUAUUUGAUAGCACCAAAAAGCACAUUAGGCCUUUUUAUCAGGAAACCAUUUAUUAAGUUUAUCUGCCAUACUGCAUCGUACUUGACCUUUCUUUUUAUGCUAUUAAUGGCUUCUCAACACAUUGCCCGGACUGAUUUAAAUAUGCAAGGUCCUCCACCGACCAUUGUGGAAUGGAUGAUACUGCCCUGGGUGCUAGGUUUCAUUUGGGGUGAAAUAAAACAAAUGUGGGACGGAGGACUUCAAGAUUACAUACACGACUGGUGGAAUCUAAUGGAUUUUGUAAUGAAUUCUUUAUACUUAGCAACAAUUUCUCUUAAAAUUGUUGCCUUUUUUAAGUACAGUGGUUCUCGUCAACGUAAAGACUGGGAAAUGUGGCAUCCCACCUUGGUUGCUGAGGCAUUAUUUGCUAUUGCAAAUAUCUUCAGUUCUCUCCGCUUAAUUUCACUAUUCACUGCUAACUCUCAUUUGGGGCCCCUGCAAAUAUCUCUUGGACGUAUGCUCUUGGAUAUUCUGAAAUUCAUGUUCAUAUACUGCCUGGUGCUGCUGGCUUUUGCAAAUGGACUGAAUCAGUUGUACUUUUACUACGAGACAAAUGCAUCAGAGGAACCGGAUAAAUGCAAAGGGAUAAGGUGUAAAGAACAGAACAAUGCCUUUUCAACAUUAUUUGAGACUCUCCAAUCACUGUUCUGGUCAAUAUUUGGUCUCAUUAACCUAUCUGUGACCAAUGUGAAUGCUCACCACGAAUUCACAGAGUUUGUUGGAGCCACUAUGUUUGGAACAUACAAUGUUAUUUCUCUUGUGGUUCUGCUGAAUAUGCUGAUAGCUAUGAUGAACAAUUCUUAUCAACUCAUUGCGGAUCAUGCAGACAUUGAGUGGAAAUUUGCAAGGACAAAGCUUUGGAUGAGUUACUUUGAAGAAGGUGGAACUCUUCCAACUCCCUUUAACAUUAUUCCAAGUCCAAAAUCUGUCUGGUAUUUACUAACGUGGAUAAGAAAUCAUUUAUGCCUCAAAAUGUUCUGUAAGCAAAAACGAAAGAAACCUGAAAGUCUCGGGUCUCUCGGGAGGCGUGCAGCUAGCAAUCUAAGACGAAAUCAUCAGUACCAGGAAGUUAUAAGAAACUUGGUGAAAAGAUACGUUGCAGCAAUGAUCAGAGAUGCCAAAACUGAAGAAGGGCUGACUGAAGAGAACUUUAAGGAGCUGAAACAGGAUAUUUCAAGCUUCCGCUAUGAGGUUUUGGGUCUUCUAAAAGGGAACAAGCUUCCUGGCGUACAGUCCUCCAGCUUUGGCGCAGCAUCCAAAAUAUCAGACCAAAAUGAGGUAUUUAAGAAUGAAGAUCGACCAGCUGAAUGCACAACCAUUUCAAAAAAGAUAACGUGUACAAAUGAGCCGAAGAACAAACUGAGUUUUUUUGAAUUGACAUCUUUAGUUUGUCCAAAAACAAUGUCUAAAGUAUCAGACUCGCCAGCAUCUUGUAAAACCUUAAGUAAUGGAACAACUCCAAAAACGACCGAUAUAUCCAAGGAAAAACAAAACAGUAAAAGUAUUGUUAAAGACUCCAUCAAAAAUUUAUCUUUUUUUCGAAAACGAACAAAACCGUAUAAUGCAGAACUGAAUUGUAAUAAGAUUUACACAGUUUCUGAGGAAAUUACACAUGAGGAAAACGUACUGAAAAGUGGAGGGAGUUCCAGCAAUGAAGGUGUAAGAAACCUGGAGCCAACGUUGGUCGGUAGCACUGACUCUGAUGCAAAAGACUCAAAUACAAGUCAAACGGGAGAAAAGAUUAAUGUAUUUUUGCAUAGACAAUCACCAGAUGGCACAACCAGUGCUCAUUUAUUAAACAUAACCGAAGAUACUCUGGCAAAAGAAUCAGGGAAGGAAGACACUGUGAAUCAGUGGAGUGUGACACAGGGUGAUGACUAGAUUAUAACUAUUUUUUAGAUUGGUUUUAAAAAAUAUUAAUAAAGGAAUUAUAUUAAGACAUGGCAGACUCUCAUAUUAGCAGUGCUUAUUUCUUCAAGUUAUUCAAUUUUCCUCCAGUCCUCAUGGAUGUGCUAUUUUCAAAUACUUGAUUUUCAGAGUGAGUAUCCAGAACACUAAAAAGGCCUAAUUGACAAUCCUUCGUUUUACAUGUGUAACAAAAAAUUUCAGAGCAACAGUUAAAUGCAACCAUUUGAAAGGGGAAGGUGACAUGCUAUGUGUAAUAUACACCCCUUUCAAUCUACUUUCCAUGGCUAAGUUUAAUAUGUAGGUGCAUUAAGUUCUAUCAAUUCGUUUGAAGUAACGGAUAUACAUUGCUUGCAAUUAUGUAAAUGAGGACAGUAUUAUAAAUAUUAUGUUUGGAAAAAUCAAUUCUAAUUUUAUGAAUAUACCUUGGCCAAGACACCACAUCAGGAGUACAUCGGAAUUUGCAACAUACAGUAUGUUUCGUAAAGAUUGCUGCUAUCCAAUAUUUGAAGCGAUAUUCAUGGUAUAUAAUACCAAGCACAAUCAUUUACUUCAGAAUUUAAAAAGCAGUUUUAUAUCUGUAAUAGGUGGAAGAGGAACAAGAGAAUGUAAUUUGGCUUCUCUUGAUUGUUGUGCCAUUAAAUUUGAUGACUGAUUUGCAACUAAAUGCAGUAUUCCCACCCUUUGAAUCCUUUAUAUCUGCACGAAAAAAAAUGUGUGGGUUUGUGAUGAAUAAUCUAAUUGUUCUCAAAUCUCCCACUAAUCAGGAAGAGUGUUUGAAGUGUGUUCUAAAUUUUUAUAACCCUUCAUGUAGGUAAAUUUGCUGUGAAUUUCCUUUUGAAAAGAACCAUGCUCUCAUGUUAAGAUUGUGAAGUGGGAACAGAUUAAUAAUAAUACUCUUUUAAAUCGUAUUUGCAUUAUCAACAGCUCGUUUAGGAGCAAUUUUUUCACUGAGAGGGUCAUGCGUGCCUGGACUGAGCCGCCAGAGGAAGCUAUAGAAGUGGAAAACAAUUACAACUUUUAAAAGACAGUUGGACCGAUAUAGAGGAAGGAAGGAAGGUACACAAAAUUGCUGGAGAAACUCAGCGGAUGCAGCAGCAAGGGUUUUGAAGAAUAUGGGCUAAAUGCAGGCAAAUGGGAUUAGCCCAAAAUGCCAACAAUGCAAGCUGAGCUGAAGGGCCUAUUUCUGUGCUACACAUCUCUGACUCUACAGUGUGGAAAUGUGAUCAUCCAUCUAAUAUCAGAUUUUUUUUUAAUUAUUAGAAACACUGAGUACCUUGAAAUGAUAACGCAUAGAGAGAUGCUAACCUUCAAAGGCACCUGGCACAGUUGGGAAAGGCACUGGGAACAAAAAUUGAUAAUGCUAAAAAUUGUACCUUUAUAGCAUUAUCUCUUUAUUACCUGCAUCACUGCUUUUAUUGCAAGAGAAUUUCUUACGACAAUUGUAUGGGUUCAUGCUAAGAAACCCAGAGUAUUGUGUGCAGGUCUGGUUGCCGCAUAACGGGAAGGACAUGGAGGGUUUGCCGAGGAUGCAAAAGAGGUUUACCAUCACGUUAAACAAUAGAUACAAAGUGCUGGAGUAACUCAGCGUGUCAGGCAGCAUCUCUGGAGAAAAAGGAUGGGUGACAUUUUGGGUCAGGACCCUUCUUCAAACUCAUCCUUUUUCUUCAGAGAUACUUACUCAGAAACCCACUGAGUUACUCCAACACUUUGUCUCUAUCUCUGGUAUAAACCAGUAUCUAUAGUUCCACCAGUAUCUCAGAAUGUCGCCUGGAUUAGAGAGUUUAAGAUAAGGAGAGGUUGGAUAAAAUUGGAUUGUUUUUUCUCGAAUGUGGGAGGGUGACCUGGUAUAAGUAUGUAAAAUGAUGAGAGGCAUAGAUAGGGUAGAUAGUCAGAAUCAUUUUUUUUACUCGGAUGGAAAUGUCAAAGACUAGAGGCAUACCUUUAACAUGGGAGGAGAAAGUUUAAAGGAGAUGUACGAGGCAAGUUUCUUACACAGAGAGUAGUGGGUGCCUGGAAUGGCUGCCAGUGGUGGUGGAGGCAGAUAGAUAGUGGGAUUGAAGACGCUUUCGGAUAGACACGUUGUUAUGCAGGGAAUUGAGGGAUAUGAAUCAUGUGCAGGCAGCGGAGAUUAGGUUAUCAGCAUCAUGUUUGCCACAGAUAUUGUAUUGAAGGGUUAAUUCGUGUGCUGUACUGUUCUAUGUCCAUGUCAAUUUUAGUCAUAUUUAAUAAUGCAUAAACUUUCAAUAGUGAAGGUUCAACAUACAAAAAGUGAUUGAGUAGGAGAGGUCUCAGAAAAAUAAGGCAUGACUUUAUUAAACUAUACAACGUUCUUAGUGAGCUCAACAGAUUAGUUUAGUUUAUUGUCAAGUGUACUAAGCUACAGUGAAUAGAUUUGUUGGAUGCUAACCAGUCAGUGGGAAGACUGUACAUGAUUACAAUUGAGCCAUCCACAGAUACAAGGUAAAGAGAAUAUGUGAAUAAUGUUUAAUGCAAUAUAAAAUCCAGUAGAGUGAUCAAAGAUAGUCCAAGGGUCUCCAAUGAGGUAAAUAGUAGCUCAGGACAGCUCUCUAGUAGGAUGGUUCAGUUGCUUGAUAACAGCUAAUUAGAUACAGGGAGGAUGAUUACCCUGGUUCAGUAGUUUUUAUAUCUCAAAAUAAGGACCAUGCAUGUAGGACUAGAAUGUCUACACACAUGGCAAAUCUUCAGAAUUCUCUACCCAGGAGUGGUGUGAUAUUAUCAUGGAUCGCAUUGAAACUGGAAUUGAUAGGUUUCUGGACAUUAGAUGAAUUAAAAGUAAUAGGAAUAGGACUGAAAAUGGUGUAGAGGUAGAAGAAUAAUGUGUGACCUUCAUAAUGGAUGAGGCUGAAAGGGCUGAGUGAUCUACUUCCACUUAUGUUUAAACAUCAAGUAGCACAGUGAUGUUUCACUGAUGCACUGAACCAUGUGGUGUCCCCUGCAGCUUCAAUUUACAUUCCAGUUGACUCCAGGGCUCAGCUGCAUAACUGCAGAGCCAAGAGGACAGCAGGCAUCUCUCCAAAUGCAAUGAAACAGAUUGCAAGUGCCAUUAAUCUGUGAUGUGUUCUCACAGUCAGCCUUAGAAUGGCAUGUAUAAAGCUUAUAACCAAGCCAAAAUUAGCUUUAGGUUUAUUAUGGUCACGUGUACCGACCGAGGUGCAGUGAAAAGCUUUGUUUUGCAUGCUAUCCAAUCAGAUCAGAUAAUACUAUACAUAAAUACAAUCAAGUCAAACUCAUGUAAAUUGAUAGAGCAAAGGGGAAGAUACAGAGUGCAGAAUGUAGUUCUCAACAUUGUAGCACAUCUGUUUCAGGGACAAAGUCUAACGUCUGCAAUGGGGUGAAUCAGACAGUAACCUAACGUAUGGUGGGACCAAUCAGAAGUUUAAUAACAGAGGGGAAGAAGCUGUUCUGGAAUCUAGUGGAUCUGUACCUUUUGGCACACAGGCGCGGGGAGAAGAAGGAAUGACCAGGAUGACACAAAUCUUUGAUUAUGUUGGCUGCUUUUCUGAGGCAAUGUGGUGUAGAUGGAGUUAAUGGUGGGGUUGUGAUGGACUGGGCUACAUCUCCAACUCACUAACUUCUUGCAGUCUUGGGCAGAGCUGUUCCCUAACCAAGCUGUGAUGCAACCCAACAGUAGGCUUUCUCUGGUGUAUCUGAAGAAGUUUGUGAGUCAUUGGGGACGUCGAAUUGUCUCUGUCCCCUAAGGAAGUAGCGGCAUUUGAAUAGUGAUCAAGAAAGUAGACUAUCUCAAAGCAUUUCUGGAAACCUUUCAAUCUUUAAGCACAAAUAUCCAUCAACUAUCAUGCUGCAUAUCAAAGUCUUAAAGGUAAAAAAUUGUCACCUGUAAUUUAUAUUGGACUUUUUCCUAAAUAUUCAAACUCAUGGCAGACGGAUAAUAUCGUGCAGAUUCUACCAAAUAUAAACAUGUUUAUUGGCAAACAUAAUUCGUAUGUUCAAGCUUCAUAAACUAGUUCCCAUUGAUUUUAUUUAACACAAUGAUUGUCAUGAUUAAUUUCUAUUUUGCAGUGAAAGGUCUGAAAGAUGUUAAUCCUUACUAAGGGGAAUAAGAUAUGAAUUGCAAUCCAGUAUAGUGAGACUUUCAAUGGUAUCAGUUUACAUUGUAGCUAAGGUUAAUGUUAAUGUUUUUUUCAUUUUUAAUUUCAUUUUUACUCAUCAAUUUCAACAAUAAUGAAUGCUGGAAUGCACUUGCCUCAUGUUGAAAUAAUACUUCAGCAAUAUAGAGAGUCAUACAGUCAUACAGCAUAGAAACAGGCCCUUCGGCCCAAUUUGACCACUAGCCUGUCCUAUGUUCACUAGUCCACCUGCCUGCGCUUGACCCAUAUCCCUCCAAACCUAUCCUAUCCAUGUACCUGAGCAAAUUUCUCUUAAAUAUUAUGAUAGUAACUCCCUCAACUACAUCCGCCGGCAGCUUGUUCCAUAUACCCACUACCCUUUGUAAAAUAAAGUUAUUCCUCGGGUUCCUAUUAAAUCUUUCCCCCUUCACCUUAGCUAUGUUCUCUGGUUUUCGAUUUCUUUACUCUGGGCAAAAGACUGCAUUUAACCGAUCUGUUCCUCUCAUGAUCUUGUACACCUCUAAGGUAGACAUACCUUGACUCUAUUUUCAUUACUGAGUAAAUAAUGGACAUAUAUCAUUGAACUCAAUAUCCCAAUCUUUUGGGUCUUAGACACUUAUAUGUGUAUAUGUGUAAAUGGCUUGACACUUCCACCAAAAUAGCACAGAGAUUAAUUUCCGAGUUUAAUUUCUCAUCUACAGCAUCCCAUGGCUUUUUAUUUUAGACCUUGCAUUUACUUUAUUUCUUCAGUGCCACUAUCAUUUACUUUGUAAAAACAAUAAAACACAUGCUUGCAACAGGAAGAAUUGAAAUCACAAUGCUUGAUUAUUAAUUUGUAUAAUGGAUGUUGACUUGAAAGCAUGCCUUCCUUAAAAUCAAAUACAUUCCAUACUAUGAAACCUUGCAAACACUAAAUGAUAACAUUGGCACCUUCCAUGAGGUUCUUUUGCCAAAAUGAUCAAGUGCCUUAAAUCUACCCUCUGUUGUAUAUCUUGUAAGAUUCCAAUUUGAAAUUUGCUGUAAUUAAACAAAGAAUAGUUUUAAGACUGUAACCUGUAAUGAUCACGUUGUCUUACUGUUGAUUACAGAGCUUAGAUAAGCAAUCCAUAUGUCACGACUGCUGUCUGUCCAUCAUUUGAUCAUUGUGUCUAUACAUAUUUACUUGUCAGCUCAAUAAUAUACAAGACUUUCGUCCAGAUUUUAUCCAAAUCACGAGUGACUUUUAUUCAUUGGACUGGUUUCUAAUAAAAUCAAGAAUGUUGUAAACUUGUAUAUCAUAUAUAGGAAAAAAAACCUUGGAUUUAUUUAGCACAUUAUCCCUAAAAAUAUCCCCUGUGCUUCAUUUAUAAUAAAUUAUUUUGAAAAACAGAGACUCUUUUAUCUUGAACAAAUAUAUAUAUUUUUUAAACAAUAAUGUCUUAAAUCAGUAGCAUUAAAAAGACCAAAUAUAAUGUGGUUUCUAUUCUGUUAUUUCAUACAGGUUUGGAACAUAAUUUAGACACAAAAUGCUGGAGUAGCUCAGCAGGUCAGGCAGCAACUUGUUUCGGAUGCAACGUCACCUAUUUUCCAUAGAUGCGACCUGACCUGCUGAGUUACUCCAGCACUUUGUGUCUUUGUUUGUAAAUCAGCUUCUGGAGUUCCUUAUGUUCCCUUCUUGGAAACAUCUGCCUGAGUCAAUGAAAAAAAGAGUAAUGAUUAAAAUGCUUAUGCAUCA